GAACUGACCUCCACGUCGCUUUCUCGACAGCGAGCCUCCUUGGAGACUGGAUCUAGGGCCGGUCACUACUACUGCUACGAUGUAUCCGCCUAAAGGUCGCGCAGGCUGGGUUUUGCUCUGGAGCAUAAUCGUGAGCGCCAACACGACGCAGAAGCCGCUGAAUGACUAUGCGCCCGUCCUCGACUCCGCAUUUGGGACGUUCGUGGAAGGAGUUCUGGCGAGCGAUACCAUCCCUGGCAUUUCGAUGGCCGUUAUUCGUCCGGAUGGCGGUGUUGAGCUUGGAGGCUGGGGCAUCCGUACAGAAGCAGGCGAUCCUUUUGAAGACACAACUCUGACAGCUGUUGCGUCGGUGUCGAAGGCGUUCGUACCUGCCGCAAUGGGUAUCAUGAUGGAUGAUUUUGCGAAAGGGACGAACGUGACGGCGCUUCCUGCGUCUAUCGAGGUCUUCGACUGGGAUACCAAGCUCACAGCACUCUUGCCCGAUGAGUGGGAGCUCGACGAUCGGUGUGCGACCGACGGCGUCAAUUUGCGCGACUUAUUUGCCCAUCACACCGGAAUGCCCGACCAUCCCCACUCUCACACCCGCAGUGAGACGCCCAAGGAUAUCAUUGCUCGUAUGAAGCAUCUAAGGUCUACGUCGGGUAUUCGGCACAGUUGGUUGUAUAGCAAUGUAAUGUACAUGACCGGAACGCACAUCAUCGCCAAGUACUCGGGAAUGUCGUACGAGGACUUCGUCUCCGAGCGGAUAUUCAAGCCGCUCGGAAUGAAGGACAGCACCUACUCGCCUUCGCAGGCAGAAAAGACGGGACGAUUCUCGCAGUCCUUCACGAGCCAUGGCCGGCGCAUCCCGCGUCUGAUCAACGACGAGAUUGCAGACAUUUGUGCAGGGGGAGGAGGCACGAUCACUACCGCGGCGGACUUGGCGCAAUGGUUGCGUAUGUUCCUCCAUCAGGGAGUUAACCCCGAUACGAACACCACGGUCUUGCCGAAGUCGGUCUACGAUGCCGUGAUCGCGCCGACUUCCAUUGUUCCAGCUCUCCCUGGGUUCAUGGAAGUGCCGGUGCUGAAUUAUGGCCUAGGCUGGCUCAGGAACUCGUACAGCGGCCUUGAUAUGAUAUGGCACGCCGGUGCUAUCCCGGGCGUGUCCGCGCUCGUGUCCUUCUUCCCUCAAAUCAACGCCGGAGUCGUCAUCCUCGCCAACGCCGACAGCAAGUCAACGUCGGCAUUGCGCAUCGGGGCCCGAGUAGUGAAAGCGAUACUCAGGCAGCCGCUGGACGAUGCUAAACAGGGAGACGCCACACCCGCUCAGAAGCCGAAGAAGGAGCCGACAGAGACAGAACGCACGCCGGUGACGGAAUCUCUCGUACAGUUCGCAGGGAGAUACACGGAUCCGGGUUACGGAACGUUCGACCUCUGCGCGGCCGAGAGCGAUUCUGACUACUGCGGCGCUGUCGCAGCGGACUUUGCGGUCGUGGACGCGGUUUCCAAGAACGCGUCUGAUCGUGGGUCGCAGCUGCUCGGGGCCACCGACCGCGUAUGGUCGGACCAUAUCCGUCUCGUUCCGCGUACUGGGAAACCCGGCAAGUUUAAUGUGCACUUUACGAACCUGUACCCGCGCGGGUACGGUGCGGACGCAACGCCGUUCGAGACGGUCAACAUGGGCAGGGGUCAGAUCACGGCCGAGUUCGUGAUAGACGAAGUCAAGGGGGAGGUCAUUGGGUUUGGCUUGUUCGGGGCGACGGGAGGCGCGACAGAGCGGAUGAGGACGGGGAAGACGGUGCAGGAAAGGGCAGACGCAUGGUUCGUCAAGGAGCACAGGGAUCGUGCAGUGGCGCACGAGGAGCUAUAGACGGGACCACACGGCAAGGUCAUAGUGCCCAAACGCUAUGGUUGGACAUCGGACAUGAAUAGCGACAUAUA